UCAUAUCUACCGAAAGUAUGGGAAAAAUCGUCGGACUCAUUAGUUCAGGCAUUGGCCUCGCCAUGGAAGCGAAGACGUCCUAUGGAUCUGGAAGUAACAAGACCUACGUCAAAGAUGGAAGUCGUGAGUUAUCUUCCACAAAUUCAUCCUAGAGGUUCUCCAGCAGUGAGAGUCUUGUACAUGCAUGCUAACCCACAACGGUCCCACUUCGUACAUCGCCAAAAACAUAUGAACACACCAAUAACGAAGAAGCAUAUCGAGAUAUCCAAGCCUAUGCCGAUUAUCAAAAUAUCCUUUCUGAUCGCAUAAAUUCAGACAUGCAGAAAGAUGAGAGUUAUCGAAGAUAUUUAAUGGAGAGUCCUCGAGCCCAAUCAAAAGGAAGCACAUACGAACGUGAUAUUUCCUUCUAUGCUCACGAGCUACCAGAUCAAAGAAUUCCACCUGCACGCGGACUUUCUUGUCCCGUAAUACUGCCACAACGAAGACCUGAAGAUCAGAGUCGUGGUAUCAUCCGAGCGUAUUCUCCAGAGCUGGCAUGUUGCGGAAUAGAUCAAAUGACUUUUUUAGAGUUCAUUGAUGAUUUUAAUGAAGCUCAUAAAGUAAGUUCAAAGUUAUGCAUACCAUUUCCACAUUACUUACUCGAAUUCAGUCAUCUCCCUAUCUCGAUGCUGUUAAUGUGGCAGCUCAAGGUGUUGGAUUUGCACCCGGCAUUUCUCCAAUGGUUGUAUCCAUGGUCGUCCCGAUUGCGGUCAGAGCAGCCAAAGGUUACCAAACACAAAGACAGUGAGUACAAAAAUAACAAUGACAUUAAAAGCGGCCAACUAAUAAUCGCUUAGAUCUACCUCUUUUCUAGACAGAGCCAACACAGACCUCUUCAUCCCACAUGGUCUCUUCGCCAUGGUUCUAACAUUCAAACCAAACCAAACACAGAGUCCCUAUGGAGCACCAAAACAAAUCCAACUUCCCCCUUCUGCACCCCUUAUCUAUCCCGAAGACGAAAGACGAGCCCAGCAAACAGGAUUGAAGAAAAUGGGUCACUUCAUCUCCGAUUAUGGAGAUCGAAGAGCCCAAGCUCGAUAUGUAUGUAGACAGACUGCGUGUUUAACCUAGCAAAAGUUCUCUCUAACAAAUCAAAGGCCUCUAACAAUCCUGAUUCAUCACUUGCUAGCCCUCUACCGAAAUUUGGAAACCGUUGGGCGGAUCCAAAUCAUCCCGCCAAUGGCGGUGGGCUUAAGAGCCUACUCACCGGUGUCCCAGACGAUGGGAAAUCCCGCAAGCAAGAAAGGAAAGACCGUAAACAAGAUAGAAAAGAUCGCCAUCGCAGAAGAAGCUCAAGUAGUGAUUCAUCAAAAAGAAGUGGACUUUUGAGCACCGCACUUAGCGCAGCUGGCGAAGCGAGUGGAAGAAACGGUCUCUCCCGAAACGAACGACCAAGCUUAGUAGGGACAGCGAGAGAAAUGAUCAACGGGCCAGAAAAACAAAAUCAGAGUUUAAUCAAGGGUGUUAAAAGCCUAGGAAUGAAUACUAAUAUCCUAUAUUUAAUGAUAACGAACAAUUGCAACACCAACGACGAAAACCCCUCAAUUCCAUCAACGAGAUCCCAAAUCCCAUUCACCUACACAUCAACAAUCCCACCACAUCACACCCAACCCACGCACUCAACCACCCUCCUCAACUCAUCCGAACCAUCUCAAAAACCCAUUUAUCCCACCGCACACCAAAAUCGCACAUUUACCUACACAGCCGCUCAACAGCAAAACAACAAUCCCUAUAUCAACAAACAAACACAAAUACAAACACAAACUCAAGUAGCCUCAAUUGCAAGUUCUAAUUAUACAACUAGAGCUUUUGAAGCGCAUGAUGUUCCACCGCCGCCGGCAUACAGAGAAGUUAUGCCGAUGAGAUACUAUGAGCGGAUGCGAGGAGAUGAUGAGGAAUUUUGUGUUCCUACUUUAUGAUGAUGUUACAUGUAUGAUGUAUGGUUGUGCCAGGAUACGAGGUGAGGCUUUCUUUUUGUGUAAAAGGGUUAUUUUAGACUUGGUUUGGGGGUUUGUUGGCGUAGUUUUUUUAUGACUGAGUUUUUACCUGCUCAUUGAACUUGCUACUGUUUGAUUUACAUGGGUAUUGCCUACAAGAGAGCGUUCGGUUUAUUCAAGAAAAUGCUAGUCUCUUUGACUUCGCAUCGAACCAUUGCGGAAAGACAAUAACCUACCUGUCUAUGUGCUUUGGCCUGAGACUAUGUCCUCAUCAAACUGGGG